GGGUGCGGCACAUGCAUCGAGGCUGGGAGACCUGUGUAUCAUCCUUGUAUUGGCAUCUUCAAAAUGUACCUGUCGCAAGAAAAGGUCUAAAUGCCGAUCCCGCCGACGGCCGUUGCUGUUCAGGGGAGGAGAGGUGGCGGCGGCGGAGGAGGCGGUGGAGGCCCUCCUUCUGUCGGUGGCAUGGCCUUAAUUGGCCAACUUCUCGAAUGGGUAAAGCGAGUGAUGAUCGCGCAGCUCGUCCGGCCUAAUGACGCGGUUUGUGAUGUGUUUUGUGGUCGGGGUCUCGACUGUGACAAGCUGGCGGAUACAAAGAUUGGUCGAUACCUAGGCCUUGAUCUGUCCGCGUCAGCGUUGAAGGAGGCUCAAGAAGAGUGGCGGAGGGCGGAGAGAUCGUGCGUUGCUGAUUUCAAGCAGAUGGAUCCUUGUAUGGAUUGUUUUCACACGGAGGACAGGCUGCACAAUUUUUUGCGAAAUGCAGCUGCAUUACUGAAGCCUGGUGGCUAUCUUUUCGGUACAUGCCCCGACUCUGGGACUAUCUGGUGUAAAUAUCAGAAGGCGGUUGAGUCACUUCGCACGGGCCAUCAACCGCGGUGGAAUGGGCAAUUGCCACGUGUUCGGAGUGAUAGCUACACAAUCACCUUUGAAGAUGACAGGUAAAUUCUUCUUUUUUUUUUUUUUUUUUUUUUUCCCCUUUUUUUACUGAAUUCCCAGGCUACCAGAAUG